AUGCGCAGCAAAGUACCAGUAGGCAAGUCCUCACCUCGUCCUCACGUGCAGGUUAAUAACUACGGGCGAAUUAACUCGCCCGGCGAUGACAUCUGUGUAGCCAUGGCGAAGAACGCGAGCAAGGCGGCAAGUCCUACUGCCGCCUCCGGUGCGAGCUGUGACGGGGACGACGGAGAUGAAGCGAACGGCGACGACGCCGAGGAGGAUUGGCCGGAGAACGGCCACGACGACAGCGCUUCAGGCGACGAUGUAGGUCUUGCUGACAUCGAGGAGGACGACUGGUGGAAUCGGCCGGUCGGGAGCGACGACGAGGUGGAAGAGUGGCAUGCUGGUGAUUCCGACAACGACGGAGGUAAAGAUGCGCAUGGUAACAACGCGGAGGCAGCGGCGGAUGCACAGGAAGCGGCGGUGGAUGCGAAUGAGGAGGCUGACGACAAGGCGGGGGCGGAACUUGAGACAUUUGCGCCUGCGGAUGCGGCCGCAGUUGCGGAUGCGGAAGGCGAGGAAGGCGGCGACGACGACCCAUGGAGCUUUGGGACCGACAACGACGUCCCGCUAAUGAAGCGGAGGCUGCGCCAUCGCCUACAGUCCAAGUCAAAGCGGGCCCGCGUGGUGCUCUCUGACGACGACGGUCCGGGGGAGGAGCGUCGCCCGAUACUCACCGCUGCGGAGAAGGGGAAAGCCAAGGUCGCGGAAGCCCCUGCUAAGGCCCCUGCUCAUCGCCGCAGAAGCAACAAGAAGCUGACAUCCGACGGAGACCCGGGAUCCAGCAAGGGUGCGGCUAAGAAGAAGGCGAAGAAGGCGCCGAAUCCUGACGACAUCGUCGUGAACGAGCCGCUGGGCAGCGACGAUGAGUACGCGGCGGCGGCGGGCCCGAUUCCCACGUUCCCUGAGAAGUGGAUCGCGGAGGCUUGGGAUCAAGUCCCCAAGCAGAUCAUCAUCGACGCGUUCCGCCACUGUGGGAUCUCGAGCAAGCUGGACGGAACAGAGAACCACCUGGUGAUGUCUCACCUGCGCGCCAAGAGCACCACCGAUGUCUCCGCGGACAUGUCUCUCGGGGGGACCACAGGCGUGAGAAAAUGA